CAACCGUUUUCAAAAUUGUUUGUAAAUAUCAGGAUCGACGAAUGAUGGAAAGUCGCUGAGACGUAAUUUUCGCUAUGGCAACUGCUGGGGACUAUAUUGUCGUUGUCAUCAACGGAAUCAGCAUCGUGGUGACUGUUGUCGGCUGUAUCCUUACCAUACUGGUCAUCUGGACACGCCCGGCCCUACGGAAACUGGUCAACGCACCUCUGGUCAGUCUCGGCUGUGCAGAUAUCCUUUUCGUCACCUUGUACUCCCCCUCUUGGAUUCAGCAGAUCCUAAACCCCCAAUGGGAGCCCCCACCAGCACUAUGCUGGGCUUGUAAGCUAUUCCAUAAAGUUCCAGCCGAAGCCUUCACUGUGGGCCAGCUGUUAGCUUUAUUGAACGGUGCCCUGAACCCGGUCGUUUAUGGCGUCAUGAACAAAAACAUUCGGCAGGGGUACAAGCAUAUCUGGGACAGGGUCCUCAACUUCAUAACGUGA